GACGAGUACAGCGGUCCCAAGCUGGAUGGUGGCAAGGUGACGUUGGCUUUCAUGAAAGACCUGAUGCAGUGGUACAAGGAGCAGAAGAAACUCCACAGAAAAUGUGCUUACCAGAUCCUGGUGCAGGUGAAGGACGUGCUGGCCAAGCUCCCCACGUUAGUAGAAACGACGUUGAAGGAGACAGAGAAGGUGACGGUGUGCGGGGACACCCACGGGCAGUACUACGACCUUCUGAACAUCUUCGAGCUCAACGGGCUUCCUUCCGAGUCCAACCCUUACAUAUUUAACGGGGACUUCGUGGACCGCGGGUCCUUCUCGGUCGAGGUCAUCCUCACGCUCUUCGGCUUCAAGCUCCUCUACCCUGAUCACUUCCACCUGCUCCGAGGGAACCACGAGACGGACAACAUGAACCAGAUCUACGGCUUCGAGGGGGAGGUGAAGGCCAAGUACACGGCGCAGAUGUUCGCCCUCUUCAGCGAGGUCUUCGAGUGGUUGCCCCUGGCCCAGUGCAUCAACGGGAAAGUGCUG